AUGACCCAGUCCACUGAGCCGACAAGUCAAGACGGGAGAAUGACUACAUCAAAUGCACCCCAGCCAACGGCAUCCGUUGUCCUACCAGAGCCGCAGCACUGGGCACGAAUGGGAGAGACCGCCGAGGCAAACAAUGACGAGCUUGAAACCACUGAGGUGUCUGACGGUGAUUCAACUUUAGCAUCUAUUACCUCCAGUAUUCUUCAGUACAGAACUAUCCAUGGGCGUACUUAUCACAGUGAGCAGGGGAAUGCCCAAUACUGGGGGUCAAACGACAAGCAACAGAAUGAUUUGAUGGACCUCACGCAUCAUAUCCUCACGCUUGGGCUAGGUGAUAAGCUUCAUCUGGCUCCUGUGAUCAAACACGAUGUGAAAAAUGUGAUUGAUAUCGGAACUGGAACAGGUGCAUAUGGGCUAUGUAAGUUAUUGUCAUCUGACAAAUACCGCCCUCUAACCGAAAAUCUUAGCGACUUUGCCGAUCAGUAUCCUGAAGCUCAAAUCAUUGGAACUGAUCUCUCACCAAUCCAGCCUUCUUGGAUCCCACCCAACCUUCAAUUCAUUAUUGAGGACUGUACCUGGGAUUGGAGCUUCACGUCUGGCUUCGCCGACUACAUCCAUGCUAGAUGGUUAAUGGGAAGUAUCAGGAACUGGGACUCCUUCUUCUCCGAAGCCUUUAGAGUGUCCAAGCCUGGAGGCUGGGUAGAGAGUCAUGAAGCUGCGUCUACUAUCAGCAGUGAUGACAACACCGUCCCACCCGACUCAGCUAUGGGCCACUGGGGUAAGUUCUUCAUUGAAGGCAGUAAAAAGAUUGGAACAAGCUUCACAGUCGUCGAAGAUGGUAUGCAAAGAAAGGCUAUGGAAAAGGCAGGAUUCGUCAACAUUCAAGAAUUUGACUUCAGAAACCCGAUUGGCAAUUGGCCUGAUGAUCCCGUCGAAAAGCAGAUGGGUUCUUAUACUAAGCACGGUCUUGAGACUGAUAGCGAGGGUUUCGUUCUGUUCAUGGCACACACACUGGGUUGGAGCAGGGAGGACAUUCUUGCCUACGUUACUCAAUUCAAACGCGAAAUCCGGUCAGGAAAAUAUCAUGGAUAUUUUGCACAGAAGGUCGUUUGGGGUCAGAAGCCUAACUAA